AUGGCUCAGAGAGGAAUUCAGAUGGAGAAAAUCUCCUGUUCCAUCUGUCUGGAUCUACUGAAGGAUCCGGUGACUAUUCCCUGUGGACACAGCUACUGUAUGAACUGUAUUAAAGAUCACUGGGAUGGAGAAGAUCAGAGGAGGAUCCACAGCUGCCCUCAGUGCAGGAAAGAGUUCAUACCAAGGACUGUCCUGGAGAAAAACAUCAUGCUAUCAGAGUUGGUAGAGGAUAUGAAGAAGAUUGGAUUUCAAGCUGCUCCUGCUGAUCACUGCUAUGCUGGACCUGAAGAUGUGGCCUGUGAUGUCUGUACUGGGAGGAAGAUGAAAGCUGUCAAGUCCUGUCUGGUUUGUUUGGUUUCUUAUUGUGAAAACCACCUCCAACCUCAUUAUGAUGUCUAUGGACUCAAGAAACACAAGCUGGUGAAUCCCUCCAAGAACCUCCAGCAGAACAUCUGCUCUCGUCAUGAUGAGGUGAUGAAGAUCUUCUGUCGUACUGAUCAGCAGUGUAUCUGUUAUCUCUGCAAUAUGGGGGAACAUAAAGGCCAUGAAACAGUCCCAGCUGCAGCAGAAAGAGCUGAGAAGCAGAAGGAGCUCCAGGAGAGUCGACAACAAAUCCAUCAGAGAAUCCAGGACCAAGAGAAAGAUGUGAAGCUGCUUCAACAGGAGGUGGAGGCCAUCAAUGUCUCUGUUGAUAAAGCAGUGGAGGACAGUGAGAAGAUCUUCACUGAGCUGAUCCGUCUCAUCCAGAAAAGAAGCUUUGAGGUGAAGCAGCAGAUCAGAUCCCAGCAGGAAACUGAAGUGAGUCAAGUCAAAGAUGUUCAGGAGAAGCUGGAGCAGGAGAUCACUGAGCUGAAGAGGAAAGACGCUGAGCAGGAACAGCUCUCACACACAGAGCAUCACCCCCAGUUUCUCCUCAACUACCCCUCACUGCCAGCACUCAGGGAGUCGACACACUCAUCCAGCAUCAACAUCCGUCCUCUGAGACACUUUGAGGACGUGACAGCAGCUGUGACAGAGCUCAGUGGUGUAAUUCAAGACAUCCUGAAAGACACAUCUACGAACAUCUCACUGAAGGUCACUCAGGUGGAUGUUUUAUUGUCAGGACCAGAACUAAAACCAAAGACCAGAGGUGAAACACCCUCCACCUCCCAUUUGCACCUACUGCAUCCUGCCCUGUCACCCACUCUGCCCCUGGGAAACAAACCACCCCCUCAACUACCGCUCUCUACUGCACAUCAGGAGAACCAGAAUCAUAGACCAGAGCUGAUACCCCCUCACCUUCCAUAUGCACCUACAGUAGUCUCUCAUCCUUGGGAGCCUGAGCUGAUGGAACGUUGGUGGCAACGGUGGUAG